UCCUUCAGCCAGCAUGCCAUCCUUCAACCAGAGCACUGUCCACCCUGUGGUCUUCUUCCUUACUGGCGUUCCUGGUCUUGAAACCUCACACAUCUGGAUUUCCAUCCCUUUCUGCUGUCUGUAUGCCAUUGCCAUCUCUGGGAAUGGCAUGAUCCUGUUUAUCAUCAUCACUGAGUCCAGCCUUCAUGAACCCAUGUACUAUUUCCUGUCCAUGCUGUCUUUCACAGACCUGGGUCUGUGCCUUUCUACUUUGGUCACUAUGUUGGGCAUCUUCUGGUUCAAUGUUCGAGAAAUCAGCUUUGAUGCUUGUAUUGGCCAAAUGUUCUUUAUCCAUGGCUUCACAUUCAUGGAAUCUUCAGUCCUCCUGGUAAUGGCCUUUGACCGCUUCAUUGCCAUCUGCAACCCACUGAGGUAUGCCGUGAUCUUAACCAAUUCACGGAUCAUUUCAGUGGGCUUUGCAAUCAUCAUUAGGGGGACCACAGCUCUUGUGCCUUUACUCUUGCUUCUCAAGCGCCUGUCUUUCUGCCACAGUCAUGUGCUCCACCAUUCCUACUGUUUCCACCCUGAUGUGAUGACGCUUUCUUGCUCAGACACCAAAAUCAACAGUGCCUUUGGCCUGGCCAUUGUCCUCUCUACAGCAGGCUUGGACUCUGUCUUGAUCCUCCUCUCCUACGUCCUGAUCAUCCACUCUGUGCUUUGCAUAGCAUCCAGGGAGGAGAGGAAAAAGGCAUUUGGCACCUGCAUCUCCCAUCUCAGUGCUGUUGCUAUCUUCUACAUCCCCAUGAUCAGCUUGUCACUGGUGCAUAGAUUUGGGAAGCGCGCCCCUCCUUUUGUGCACACUCUCAUUGCCAAUGUGUAUCUGCUCAUCCCUCCUGUAAUGAAUCCCAUAAUCUAUAGUGUGAAGACCAAGCAAAUUCGCAAGGCCAUGUGGAAAGUAUUCUUCUCUAAGACAUCGUAGGAAAGUUUUACUGUCCCGUAUGGUCAUAAAGUCUCCCCUGAUGUUCCUUGUUUGAUUAUUUACUAGUAUGAU